AUGGACAAUCGAAUCCAUGGAGGAUGCUCGCCGCCGCGUCUCGCCCUCCGCGUCGCCUCCGUCCUCCUCUUCCUGUGCGUAGCUGCGACCCCGGCGGCGAGCCAUGGCCCCCAUGGCAAUGACACCGGCCUGCACAAGAACUUCCUCAUCAUCGUGCGCAGCCCGUACGUGUACGACACGAAGCUGUACAAGAACACGUCGAGCUGGCAUGCGUCGCUCCUGGCCGAGGUGUGCGACAUGGCCAAGGAGGCGAUGGAGAAUGACCCCUCCUCCGUCACCCGGCUCCUAUACUCCUACCGCAACGUCGUCAAUGGUUUCUCCGCCCGUCUCACGGUGGAGGAGCUGGAGGAAAUGAAAAAGAAGGACUGGUUUUAUAAGGCCUAUCCUGAGAAGACGUACCACCUCAUGACCACGCACACGCCCAAGAUGCUGGGGCUCAUGGGCGAGGACCGCGCCGGGGAAGGCGUCUGGAACACCAGCAACAUGGGCGAGGGCAUCAUCAUCGGGGUCCUCGACGACGGCAUCUACGCCGGCCACCCGUCGUUCGACGGCGAGGGGAUGAAGCCGCCGCCCAAGAAGUGGACUGGCCGGUGCGACUUCAACAACACCGUGUGCAACAACAAGCUCAUCGGCGCGCGGUCCUUCUUCGAGUCGGCCAAGUGGAAGUGGAAGGGCGUCGACGACCCGGUGCUCCCGAUCAACGAGGGCCAGCACGGGACGCACACGUCCAGCACCGCCGCCGGCGCGUUCGUGCCCGACGCCAACAUAUCCGGCCUCGCGGUGGGCACGGCGGUCGGCAUGGCGCCCCGCGCGCACAUCGCCUUCUACCAGGUGUGCUUCGAGCAGAAGGGCUGCGACCGGGAUGACAUACUCGCGGCGGUCGACGAUGCCAUCGAGGACGGCGUCGACGUGCUCUCUAUGUCUCUUGGCGGGAACCCGGACACUGACUUCUCGGAGGACCCCGUCUCGCUCGGCGGAUACACCGCUGCCCUCAACGGCGUGUUCGUCAGCACGGCGGCUGGCAACAUCGGCCCGAACCCGGCAACCGUCGCCAACGGGGCACCCUGGCUUCUCACCGUGGGGGCGAGCACCACCGACAGGCGGUUCGCGGCCACCGUGAAGCUUGGCAGUGGAGAUGAACUUGACGGCGAGUCGCUCAGCGAAGUCAAGGACUACGGGAAGGAGCUGCGGCCGUUGGCGCGCGACGUGGGCGACGGUAAGUGCACCAGCGACACCGUGUUGAGUGCGGAGAACGUCACCGGGAAGAUCGUCAUUUGCGAGACUGGCGGCACCCCUAGCACCACCAAGGCCAAAAUGGUCGAAAAGGCCGGAGGGUUCGGCAUGAUCGUCGUCACCCCUGAGGUGUUUGGCCCGGUGAUCAUCCCGAGGCCCCACGUCGUCCCGACGGUGCAAGUGCCCUACAAAGUCGGGCAGAAGCUCAAGACCUACGUGCAGUCCGAGAAAGAAGCCACGGCGAACUUCAUCUUGAAAGGAACGUCGUUCGACACCCCGCGGUCGCCGAUGAUGGCGCCCUUCUCGGCGCGGGGGCCGAACCUGCAAAGCCGGGGGAUUCUAAAGCCUGACAUCAUCGGCCCGGGAGUGAACAUACUCGCGGGCGUCCCCGGCAUCGCGGACUUGGUGUUGCCGCCCAAAGCAGAGAUGCCCAAGUUCGACGUCAAGUCCGGCACGUCCAUGUCGUGCCCGCACCUCGCCGGGGUCGCCGCGCUGCUGAAGAACGCGCACCCGACGUGGUCGCCCGCCGCCAUCAAGUCGGCGCUGAUGACGACCACCGAAACCACCGAUAACAAGAAGAAACCGUUCGCCGACGUGGACGGCACGCAGGCGACGUACUUUGCCACGGGCGCCGGGCACGUGAACCCGAAGAAAGCCAUGGACCCGGGGCUGGUGUACAACCUGUCGGCGUCGGACUACGUCCCCUACCUGUGCGGGCUCAACUACACGGACCAGCAGGUGAACUCGAUCAUCCACCCGGAGCCGGCGGUGGACUGCACCAAGAUAACAAAGAUCGGCGAGAAGGACCUCAACUACCCGUCGAUCACCAUCAUCAUCGACAAGGCAGACACCACCGUGAACGCCACCCGCGCGGUGACCAACGUCGGUGUGGCAAGCUCGACGUACGAGAUGGAGGUUGAGGUGCCGAAAUCGGUGACGGUGGAAGUGACGCCGACGAAGCUGGAGUUCAAGGAGCUGGACGAGGUCUUGAACUACACGGUCUCCGUCAAGGCGGCGGCCGUGCCGGAAGGCGCCGUCGAAGGGCAGCUCAAGUGGGUCUCCAGCAAGCACAUCGUGCGAAGCCCGAUCCUCAUAUUGCCCGGCGACGGGGAGGAGGAGGCCACGUCGGGAGCUGAGGGGCCUUCAGCUCAUGUUAGUUCUUUGCUCGAGUGA